AUGUCCACGUCGGACCUUGACCUCGAUCAGCUCUCAGACAGUGAGAGAACUGCUCUUGAGACAUAUACCUCUGUCACUGGUCAAGAAUUAACAGACGCGAUUCCAUUAUUGCGCCGGUCACAAUGGAAUGUUCAGAUUGCUAUCGCCAAGUUCUUUGAUGGCGAAGGUCCAGAUAUUGUUGAAGAAGCGCGCGCAGCACUUCCCCAAUCUCCACCUCCCCAACCUAAUCGCCAAACACGGAACUUGAUGACCGAGGAUAUCACCGAGCAGCUGUCACUACUAGGUGCCCGGACCGCAGAUCCAGCUCCCAGAGUCGAUACUCAAUCCGGGGACCAGCCUAUCUACCGCCCACCAUUUAUUAUCGCUCUAUUAUUCACACCCUUCAAUCUGGUCUAUCGACUUCUAUGCAGUUCGUUUCGUCUGUUCGGGACAUUAUUUCCUUUCUUACCCCGACUAUUUAAUGUUACUGCAAACCCGGCCCUGCAGGGAACACGACGAAAUACUACUGGCCGCCGCUCCCUUGGGCCAAAAGAUACCGCAGCCCGAUUCAUUCGUGAGUUUGAAGAGGAACAUGGGUCCCAUCCGAUCCCAUUUUUGGAAAAUGGAUAUAACAUGGCGCUGGAGAAGGCCCACCGUGACUUGAAGUUCUUAGUGGUGAUUCUGAUUUCGCCCGAGCAUGACGAUACAAAUGGUUGGGUACGAGACACUUUGCUAGCGCCGGAGUUAUUGGAGUUCAUCAACGACCCGCGGAACAACCUUUUAGUAUGGGGAGGAAAUGUUCGGGAUUCCGAGGCAUACCAGGUAGCCAACUCACUGCGGAUCACCAAGUUCCCAUUUGCGGCGGUGAUCGUACAUACUCCGAACGUAUCAUCGACGGCGAUGUCGGUUGUAGGCCGCAUUGCGGGAAUCACUGCACCGGCUGAGUUUGCGAACCGGCUUCGCACUGCCAUCUCUUCGAACCAGGAGCCUCUGGAGCGCAUUCGGUCUACUAGAGCAGAGCAACAGGCAUCUCGCAGCCUGAGAGAACAGCAAGAUUCGGCUUACGAGCGAUCCCUGGCGAUUGACCGGGAGCGGGCUCGUGAACGUCGGGAAGCAGAGGCGGCCCAACAGCGAGAGGCGCAGGAGUUAGCAGAUCGCCAAGCUGCGGAGGAGAAAAGACAGCGUGAUCUGGCUCAGUGGAAGCAAUGGCGGGCCCAGGCCUUACGCCAGGAGCCAGGGACCGAUGCCAAGGAUGUGGUGCGCAUUAGCGUGCGACUACCGUCUGGAGAGCGGAUCGUGCGUCGAUUCAAAUCCGACGCUGAAAUGGAAGAGCUCUACGCAGUUGUGGAAUGUUACGAAGAAUUAAAGGCAGACGAGACCUCGGUGGUGUCUGCACCAGCAGGAUUUGAACACCAGUAUAUGUUUCGUCUGAUUUCACCUAUGCCCCGGGCGGUGUAUGCAGUGGAAGAUGGCGGGACGAUCCGUGAUAAGAUCGGGCGGGGUGGUAAUCUUUUGGUGGAGCCUAUUGUGGAAGAUGAUGAAGAAGAGGACGAGGGGACUUCAUCAUAA